GCCCGCCUCACUCUCAAAUUUUCGUCCGGUGUGUUCGCGACCAGAAAGUCAAACUUUCACGUCCAGGGCCGACAAGUUGUCGUUUCUGGGCGGCGUCGCGUCGUCUCCACUCACCUUUUCGACGAAAGAAACUGCUCGGUGGACAAAAUGGCCAAAAAAAGAGGAAAAGACGGUGACAUUUUCCGGGUUAUGCUGGAUUUCGAGGACAUCAGUUGACGGGGCAAGCCAGCUAAAGCCUCUUUGUGUGUGGUUUAAUUUGGAUGGGCCAUGCGCUGCCAUCGAGGUUAUGUGGUCCUGUGCGUCACCUUGCUGUUCCUCACCUGGAAUGCCGUGCUGGUUUUCCUCCUGCGGGGCAGGUUUCCAGACCAGGAGGGGAAGCGAGGGCCUGACGACUACAACGGUGAAGUGGUGGCCGAAAUGCUGGGCGUGGCUGACAUGUUGGAGGCAGAGCUGGAGAUCCAGAAAAAAAUAUUGACGCAGAUCCAAAACUUCCACCCCGCACUGGGACCCUGGCAGAAGAAGAAGCCGAAGCCGGCGCCACCCCCGGUCCCCAUCUUGGUGAUGGCCUGCAACCGGGUGACGGUGCGGCGCUGCCUGGACAAGUUGCUCCUCCACCGGCCCUCGGCCGAGCGCUUCCCCGUCAUCGUGAGUCAGGACUGCGGCCACACUGGCACGGCUGACGUUAUCCGUUCGUAUGGAAGCGAAAUCAUGCAUCUGAUGCAGCCCAAUCUGGCCGACAUCGACGUGCCGCCGGAGCACAAAAAGUUUCAGGGCUACUACAAGAUCUCCAGACACUACCGCUGGGCUCUCAAGCAAGUGUUCAACAACUACUCAGCUGUCAUCAUUGUGGAGGAUGACCUGGAGGUGGCGCCAGACUUCUUUGAGUACUUCAGCGCCACGCUGCCACUGCUCCAGUCAGACCUGCGCCUGUGGUGCGUGUCUGCGUGGAACGACAACGGCAGGGAAGGCUUUGUGGACCCAGCGGGCUCUCUCCUUCUCUACCGUACCGACUUCUUCCCGGGCCUCGGCUGGAUGCUGCUCCGAGAGCUGUGGGAGGAGCUGGAGCCCAAGUGGCCUGCCGCCUUCUGGGACGACUGGAUGCGUCAGCCGGAGCAGCGCCACGGCCGCCAAUGCAUCCGGCCCGAGAUCUCACGCACGCUGACGUUUGGCCGGCAGGGUGUGAGCCUGGGCCAGUUCUACGACAAGUAUCUGCGAUACAUCAAACUCAACUCUGGCUUUGUGCCUUUCACCCAGCUGGAUCUGACUUACUUGAAGGAGGAUGCAUACAAGAAGAGCUUCCUGGAUGAGGUUUACGCUGCCCCUGUCAUCACUUUUGAUGACAUCCAGAAUGGGGUGCGAGAGGGCAACGGGCCCUUCCGCCUUCAGUACUCCAGCAAGGAAAGUUUCAAAGCAUUUGCCAAAAACCUAGGCAUCAUGGAUGACUUCAAGUCCGGCGUCCCCAGGACCGGCUAUAGAGGCGUCGUCACGUUCUUCUCCAGAGGACACAGGAUCUACAUAGCUCCGCCUCCAGGUUGGACCCAGUACGAUCCCACUUGGAAUUGACUGCUGGCGUGACAAUUUGCCCCCGACCCCUGCUGCGAAUAGCCCAAAAAAAAGAAAAUAGAGUAAAAGGUUUACAAUUGCCUCUCGAUGCCACAAGAUGGUGCCAAAGCAAUUCUUAAAAAUGACAUUUUCAGUUUAGUUUUUCCUUAAAGAAAAACAAAUUUAUGCUUAUAAGAUCUUAUAUUACUACUAUUGUUUUUCAAGAAAAGAGAAAACUUUUGAGAAAAAAUUAUUUCUCUCUAUUUUGGCCUGAGCAAGUGAAGCAAUGUAUAAGAAAAUGCAGAGGGUGAAACACAAAAACGCAGGGAUUCAGGUUUAUUUUUUUCUUUAAGUCUAGUUCAGUGUAUCGCAACUUUUUUUGAGCCACAUGCUUGACAGAAAGAUAUGUCACAAAAAGGAUGCACAGGUUAUGCAACUUCUUUUAUAGAGCACUUUAAAAAACAAACAAACCUGUACCAAAGGUGCUGUACAUAUCGAACAUAACAUGAAACAUUCAUUCAUUUUCCGUACCACUUAUCCUCACAAGGGUCGCGGGCGUCCUGGACCCUAUCCCAGCUAUCUUCGGGCAAGAGGCGGGGUACACCCUGAACUGGUCGCCAGCCAAUCGCAGGGCACAUAUAAACAAACAACCAUUUGUACUCACAGUCACACCUAUGGGCAAUUUAGAGUUUUCAAUUAACCUACCAUGGAUGUUUUUGGGAUGUGGGAGGAAACCGGAGUACCCGGAGAAACCCCACACAGGCCACGGGGAGAACAAGCAAACUCCACACAGGCGAGGCUGGAUUUGAACCCGGGUGCUCAAAACUGUAAGACAGAUGUGCUAACCAGUCAUGCGUGCCGCCACAAUGAAACACAACUCAAUUUAAAAAAAAAAAAAAAAAAAUGAAAUACGUGUGUUCCCUUCACCUUGGCAUUUAGCAAGCAGGAGGUCCAGAGUUUUAUUCCAUUUCCAUUUUAUUCUGUUUUGCAGAUGUAUGAAGUUGUUAGAUGAAAAGAGAUUCAAUUUCCAGUAGCACACCUAGAGAUGUUAAAUGACACACUGGUUGGGAAUCACUUCUCAUCACUGGUCUAGCUCAUAAUGGCUUGAUGCCUGUGCACUCAGGAUUUUUUUUCCCAUGUAAUGUUGCCUUUGCUUUACUCAACUGCUGUAAUUAGUGAUCUAUUUUUGUAUACAAUUUCAAAGAGUGCCACUUUAAAUUAUUUGCAAACAUCUGUUGGACUUAUUUAUGUCUGGUACAAAUAGGAGCUUUCAACAUUGGUGCUGGUUGUGAAUUCUGCUGUUCGAAUGUGACCAUGUCAAAUUAUUCUGAUGUUCAGCAUUCAAUGUUGUAGAAUGCAAACCAGAACAUUUAUUUUGUAAUAAUAAUAAAAGU